UUCUCCUGUAAAGGUGACAGAAGACCACACCUGUCAAGGGGCCUUCCUAAGCACCCAGAGGAGAAGGCUCCCACCACCCCACUCCCUACCCAGCCCAGCCUCCUGCCGCCAUUGCCAUGUUCCAGGUUGUUCUGGGUGCUCCUCAGCGGUUGCUGAAGGAAGGGAGGCAGUCCCGGAAGCUGGUGCUGGUGGUGGUGUUUGUGGCUCUACUCCUGGAUAACAUGCUGCUCACUGUGGUGGUGCCCAUUGUGCCCACCUUCCUGUAUGUGACAGAGUUCAAGGAUGUCAACUCUUCUCUGCAUCGGGGUCCUUCUGGAAGCUCCCAGCUCCAGCAAUCUCUCACCUCUCCUGCCUUCUCCACCAUAUUCUCCUUCUUUGACAACACCACUAUGACUGUAGAAGAGCACAUACCCUUUCAUGUAGCAUGGACAAAUGGUACCACCCCUCCUCCUGUCACCGAAGCUGGCUCAGUACCUAAAAACAACUGCUUGCAAGGGAUAGAGUUCUUGGAAGAAGAAAACGUCCGGAUUGGGAUUCUAUUUGCUUCAAAGGCUUUGAUGCAACUUCUGGUCAACCCGUUUGUAGGACCUCUUACUAACAGGAUUGGCUAUCACAUCCCCAUGUUUGUCGGCUUUGUGAUCAUGUUUCUCUCCACACUAAUGUUUGCUUUCUCUGGCACCUAUGCCCUGCUAUUUGUGGCCCGAACUCUCCAAGGCAUUGGAUCUUCAUUUUCAUCUGUUGCAGGGCUCGGGAUGCUGGCCAGUGUCUAUACUGACAAUUAUGAGAGAGGGAGAGCCAUGGGGAUUGCUUUGGGAGGCCUGGCUUUGGGGCUUCUGGUGGGAGCACCUUUCGGAAGUGUGAUGUAUGAAUUUGUGGGCAAGGCCUCACCAUUCCUCAUCUUGGCCUUCCUGGCACUUCUGGAUGGAGCUCUCCAGCUUUGCAUCCUAUGGCCUUCGAAAGUGUCUCCCGAGAGUGCCAUGGGGACUCCACUUUUGAUACUUCUCAAAGACCCUUACAUCCUGGUAGCAGCAGGUUCCAUCUGCCUGGCCAACAUGGGAGUCGCCAUACUAGAGCCCACGCUACCCAUCUGGAUGAUGCAGACCAUGUGUUCCCCCGAGUGGCAGCUAGGUCUGGCUUUCUUGCCUGCCAGUGUUGCCUACCUCAUUGGCACGAACCUUUUUGGUGUGUUGGCCAACAAGAUGGGUCGGUGGUUGUGCUCCCUUGUUGGAAUGGUGACUGUAGGUAUCAGCUUGCUCUGUGUACCUCUGGCUCACAAUAUUUUUGGUCUCAUUGGCCCCAAUGCAGGCCUUGGCUUUGCUAUAGGCAUGGUGGAUUCCUCUCUGAUGCCCAUCAUGGGAUACCUGGUGGACUUACGCCACACCUCUGUGUAUGGGAGUGUCUACGCCAUCGCUGAUGUGGCUUUUUGCGUGGGCUUUGCUAUUGGCCCAUCUACUGGGGGUGUUAUUGUACAGGUCAUCGGCUUCCCUUGGCUCAUGGUCAUCAUUGGUACCAUCAACAUCCUCUAUGCCCCUCUCUGCUGCUUCCUGAAGAACCCGCCAGCAAAGGAGGAGAAGCUUGCAAUUCUGAACCAGGAAUGCGCCACAGAGACCCAGAUGUACACAGUCCAGAAGCCCACAAAGGAGUUUCCACUGGGAGAGAACAGUGAUGAUCCUGUCAGUGAAGACUAGCUGCAGAGUGUGAUAUCUG